AUGCAAUCACGCCCCGCGCUCUGCCCUGCAUGGGAACGGCCGCCUUUUGGCGAGUUUUUAGCAGAAGAGGAAACGCCGGGUGCGGGGAGCUGUGCCGAGCGCCGAGCCGGGGAGAGGCACCCACUGGGUGCCAGGGGAUUGGGCAGGCAGGGAGGGCUCUGGAGCCCUGGAUGCAGUGCGGGACACCCCAAGCGCCCGAUGCUGGGGUGGCUGCUGGCGGCGCUGGCGGCGCUGGCGUGGGGCGGACCGCCCCAGCCACCACCCUCUCUCACAGGCACCGCCAUGGCCCCCGGCUUCUCCUGCUGGAAGCAAUGCAGCCCCCUUCCGUUCCGCUGCUCCUGGCCACCGUACGGCCCCCCCGGCAACACCUCCUACCUCCUGACUCUCUGCUACACAUCGCCCAGGCUGUGCCGGGAGUUCGAGGCGGGGGCGAGGACAAUGUACACCCUGAAUCACCGGCGCAUUUACGUCCUCACCAACGUCACAGCCUGGGUGGAGGCACGCUGGGGGGGCCACGUCCACCGGACCCCCAACAUCACCCUGUACCUCAACGAGGCUCUCAAGCCAAACCCACCGCCCGCCACGGUGCCCUUCACCAAGAGCGGUGGGCGGCUACGGCUGCAGGUGCCACGGCCACCGUGCCACCGCAGGGGACAGCCACCCCAGCGGGAGGCUCGGUUCCGGAGGAUGGGCAACCAUGGCUGGACACAGGUGACAUGCGAGGCAGUGACGGAUGAGGACGACACAGUGACCUGUGCCCUGGGAGGGGACGGUGCCUUUGAGGUCCAGCUCCGGCACAAGCCCCCCCACUGGAGCAGCUACUGGAGUGACUGGAGCGGCUCCAUCUUCGUCCCCGGGGAAAUCCUGGAGAGCCCAGCACUGAGCUACCAACUGGGAGAACUGGGGCCCGCUGGGCAGCGGGUGCUGCAGCUGGGCUGGCAGCGAGCCCCCGAGGAGCAGGGGAACGUCACCUACACGCUGCGCACCCACAUGCCAGCGUGCGGCUGCACCGAGGAGGACACAGUGGAGCUGGGGACAGAGGUGACAGCCCACAACCUCACCCUCUCUGGCGCCGAGUACCAAAUCCUGCUGACCGCGGCCAAUGCUGCCGGGACAGGGCUACCACGGCAGCUCCUCGUACCGGCAGCGCGGCACUCAGGUACCUGCCCCGCAGCCUGGGGGUUAUUUUCCACCCGGCGGGAUGCCAGCCAUCCCUUGUACUCCUCAUUUCAUCCAGAUCUUGGCUUCAAGAACAUCAGCGUGGUGGGCAGUGCCGUGACGGUGCAGUGGGAAGCACCCAGCGCCGGUUUGGCGUCCUGCUUCGAGCAGCAACCGCUGCAGGGAGCCGCAAAACGGGGCGUUUGCACCCAGCGGGAGUUCCCUGCCAAGAGCAUCCACGUGGAGAGAGGAGCGCUGGACACACCAGCGUGUCAUCGCCUGGCCGUGCACGGCUGGUCCCCGGCACGGGGCUGGGCCACCUUUGCCCUGCACCAUCACUACGCCAGCAACGCAUCACCCGCUCUGCCCAUCCGCAUCAACACCAGCACCAGCGAUGCCACCGUUGUUCUCCAGUGGAGCCCGUCCCCUCGUGCCACCUGUCCCGGCGUGCUGGUCAAGUACGUCAUCUGCCACGCGGCUGAGGGGGACAAUGUGACCUACGCUGAAGCAGACGCCGCAGCGUCACACUUCACCCUCCAAAACCUCCGGCCCGGCACGGCGCACAGGGUGGGCGUUCAGGAGGUGACAGCAGAGAGCAAAGGGACCUGCGGGACUUGGUGGCGCUUCCAGACCAAGGCGCUGGGUAACGGUCCCCAGGGAGCAGCGUGGAAAUCCAACCUGAAGUACCUGGGCAUCCUGCUCUGUGUCCCCACUGUGGCUGCCGUCUACCAGCUGAGCAAAAAGAGGGCUCGGCGCCUCCUCUUCCCCCCACUGCCCGAGCCGGUGGGCAGCAAAGCCAUUGAGUUCACCGCCGGUGAAACUGCGAGCCAGUGCCACCCCCGUCCGGGCUUCUUGGAGCCAUCGGAGAGGUUCAGCCUGGCCGAGCUGCUGCUGACAGAGCCGAAUCUCGGCAAGGAGAUGAACGAUGCCGGCACACGGUCAGGCACGCCGCAACCCAGCCCCACCGUGGCACAAAAACCGGUGACGGUGUCUCCGCCAGAGCUGCCGUUCACCUACCGCAGGCAGGAGAUGCUGAGCCCGCCUGGAUUUGAACCUCAUGGCAGCACUGAGGAAGAGGAGGAGGAGGAAGGGGGAAGGCAAGUGGUGCACCAGCCACUGGUCCCCAUCGCCCUGCUCAUCUCCGACAAACCCGUCAUCAUCCGGGACCAGGCGGGAUGGGACCUUGUGCUGGAGGAGCCGCUGCCGUAGCCAGCGCCGGAAUGGACGGCAAGAAGGGUCCUGGGGACGCCAAACACCCACAGGGGACACGGAGCACCCACCCCACGUGUUCACGGUCACACCAGCACUUUCUGUGGGGUUUCCUGGUUCCCAGGACGUGGAAGGCGAUGUCUCCAGCCUCAGCAUCACACGGGAGCUGGAUCUGGCCCCGCACUCCCCAGCCUCAGGAUUUUAUCUGUGAUAAAUGACGCGGGAAGGUGGUUGUAGGAUCUGGCUGAGUGGGGAGGAGAAGGAGGAAUUGCCCCCGGCCUCCUGCCACAGCCAAGGCCGGCGUCACCCCCGCCCCGGCGAUGUGGGGCACAAACAGCCUGGACACGCGCUCGCGAAAAGGUUGAAAUAUGUGCAAAAAAUAGAAAUAUGUGCAA